ACGAUCCACCUAAAGUGUGAGCAUAAACCAAGUUAUUUCAUAUUUCCAUUGCUGCGGAUGAAAUAUGAGAAGCUUCUGUUGAGACUGGUGUGUGUGUGUGUUGCGUGUGUGUGACGUAAGCAGCGCGCGACCGCUUGAAUGAAUGCAGAGAAGGCUGUAACGCGAGUCCGCCUCUCCGUUGUUAAACUGCAAAGUGACGAAGUCUUCGCAUCCCUAGUCUACUUAGACACCCCGAGACCAACACAAUCAUCACCACACUUCACUAGUGGGUCACAGUCACUGAUACCACACUUAGUUGUCCCACCACACAUAGGCUUCUACUCUACACAGAUCUGUGUCAGUCUCUCUUCUCCCCAGCGUGCCAAAAUGCCGCAGACAGCAGACCCCAUUGCCCAUGGGGAAGAUGUGAAUACUUGGCUGAGAGGCAUGACAGACAGCCUCACCCCCAAGACAUUUGAACUGUUAUUAUUUUUAAUAAUAAUCCUAAUCCUGAGAAGAUUCCUGACACAAGAUUCAAGACAGAACAACAACCACGAGGAGCUAGUCAAAAUCACCAGCUCCCUAAGCUACGCCUUCACAACCCAGCUGAAACUGAGCGACAAGCACAUCACCCACCUUCAAGAGGAGCUGACACGUGCUCAACGCCGCAUAGACAAGCUGGAAGUGAAAGUUCAAGAUCAACUCAAAGCACCCAACGAGAGGGAGCAGGAAACAACGGAACAAGUUAUGAAACUCCAAGCAGCCCUGGCAGCAGCGCAGCUCGACCAGCAACAUUCAAAGGCUGUCCAGAAAGACCUGGUAAACAGACUCCAGUAUGCCGAACAGCUACUAGAGAAAGCCAAGAAUCACAUCAGAGACAAGAAUGUUGAAAUCAGUACCCUGAAAGACCACCUUGAAAGGUAUAGAACUGAAAUGGACAAUCUGACCCAACAACUAGACGAUACCAACGAUGAGCUCUACAUGGUCAGAAAAGAACUCAAAGAUGCUUAUGAGCUGAAACAAGAGCCAAGAAAAGAGAAGCAUCUCUCAGCCUCACCACUGCUGAGCAGAGCAGAGUCCCAUAUCCAAGAACCGGCAUAUGACGAAAGGCGCGAAGGGCCACAACCCAAAACCUCACCUGCCUUCGCCACACAAGCCUUUCCUGCCAACGAAAGAAUACCUCCCAUCCAAGCAGACCUUGGAGCUGCACAUGGGAUGACCAUCAAAGACCUCAACAAGCUGUCUAAAAACAUCAGCAGUUUCAACCCAAACUCUGCAGAGGGCCACGACAUCCAGGCCUACCUGCAAGAUAUCGAGUUUUAUCUGGAAAUGAGACCUCGUGUGACUGACAGAGACAGGUUAUACCUCCUAAGAGCCACAUCAAGUCCUGAGGUACGAAACUUCCUAGAUCGACAGCCCAGUCAAACAAAGUCAAGCUACCAGCUACUUCGUGAGGUCCUUAUUAAAGAGUUUACAGACCCUGAGUCUGAACUUGGACUGUUAACUGCUUUGGAGAUCAAGCAAGGUCGACAAGAGGUUCCACAAGCUUACUACAACCGACUCCGACAAGCCUACUUUGGUGCACACAACGAACCUGACCUCGAAGAGGAUGUGAACUUCAAAAGCCUCUUCCUAAGAAACCUGCACCCUGGAGUCAGCCACCAUCUAGGCGUCAUGGCCUGUCCACGCUCCAUGACCAUCCAACAGUUGCGUGACCUAACACAGAAGGCCUACAACAAGCAGAAGAUGGCCUCAAAGAAAGGUAACAAAACAUCCACACUCUUGAACUCUGUAACCAAAGACUCAAGCCUUGCACUGGACGACACCCAGUGGCAUCACGACACCAGAGUCUUCCAUCAAGAGCACAGAGAACGUGACCCCCAUGUCCACGACAGCUUUCAGCCCAGCCGCUGGAAAAAUCCAUGGGAACAGCCACGCUUCUCAAGAAACCCAAAAGAUAGGAACAACUGGAAACCUAACCAGACAUCCAAAGGUAAUCGCCUGACUCAUCCAAGAGCAACUCGUGUGAGUAAGCGACAGCAAAACCCACCUCAGCACCACUCAGACAUGCACAGUGCUGAGUAUGCAGAAGAACAAGACAGCUUACCAUCAGAAGACAUGGAACAAGUCAUGAGACAAAUGAAAGAGUUCCUUCAAGAAAAGCUGAACAUGGAUGACCACAAAGUUGAGUCAUGCUCGCUGUGACCAGCGACAGAACGGAAGGCCGGUGAUCACCUGGUACACCACAUCAGAGAUGACAAGCACCUGUUCAACAACCACCCAGAAC